AUGGAAAUGCUAAAGCAAAUUCAGGUAAACAUUUCUCUAAUUGAUGCUUUGAGGGAGAUGCCCGGUUAUGCAAAAAUGAUGAAUGACUUGAUGUCUUUUAAGUUCGACUUUCAAGACUUGGCAACUGUCACAUUGACACGGACUUGUAGUGCUGUUUUGUCAAGACCUAUAGCUGAGAAGUUAUCUGACCCUGGAAGUGCUUGCUCAACCAGGUUUAUUCAGUUGAGCGCCGGUCGCACUCCCCGAGUUUGGGGCGUGACAGGAAGCUUUAUAAUUCCAUGCACCAUAGGCAGCUAUGCAUUUGCCAAAACAUUGUGUGAUUUGAGAGCAAGUAUAAAUCUGAUGCCAUUGUCUAUCUAUAAAAAGUUAGGCAUUGGAAUAGCAAGGCCCACAUCUAUGUUACUGCAGCUAGCUGACCAAACGGUGAAAAGGCCAUCAGGUAUACUUGACGAUGUACUUGUGCAAGUUGGAAAAUUCGUGUUUCCAGCAGAUUUUUUCAUUCUGGACUGCAAGGUUGAUGAGGAGAUUCCCAUAAUUUUGGGAAGGCCGUUCUUAGCCACAGGGAGAGCUCUGAUUGAUUGUGAAAUGGGGGAGCUGAAAAUGAGGCUGAAUAAUGAAGAAAUAACAUUUAAUGUGCAAAAGUCUAUGCGACGACCCACUGAGUUUGCAAAUUGCUUUGUUGGACACGGUGGAUGUAAUCAUGGAGGAAGAUGA